AUGGCUGGCCGGCAGAGCGUGCGAGGAGUUGUUGUUGACAAAUCUGCCAUCCAUUGGGAUAUGGUUGAAAGACCCAUCCUUUCUCCCAUUACCUCCCAUUCCCACCCCAAUCCUCCCUUCCCCUCCCAUUCCCGCGCAUUAACCUCCCAUUCCCCCCCAUUCCCCUCCCAUUUCCCCCCAUUACCCUUCAUUCCCCCCCAUUCCCCUCCCAUUUCCCCCCAUUACCCUUCAUUCCCCCCCAUUCCCCUCCCAUUUCCCCCCAUUACCCUCCCAUCCCCCCCCAUUCCCCUCCCAUUCCCCCCCAUUCCCCUCCCAUUUCCCCCCAUUACCCUUCAUUCCCCCCCAUUCCCCUCCCAUUUCCCCAUUACCCUUCAUUCCCCCCCAUUCCCCUCCCAUUUCCCCCCAUUACCCUUCAUUCCCCCCCAUUCCCCUCCCAUUUCCCCCCAUUACCCUUCAUUCCCCCCCAUUCCCCUCCCAUUUCCCCCCAUUACCCUUCAUUCCCCCCCAUUCCCCUCCCAUUUCCCCCCAUUACCCUUCAUUCCCCCCCAUUCCCCUCCCAUUUCCCCCCAUUACCCUUCAUUCCCCCCCAUUCCCCUCCCAUUUCCCCCCAUCACCCUUCAUUCCCCCCCAUUCCCCUCCCAUUUCCCCCCAUUACCCUUCAUUCCCCCCCAUUCCCCUCCCAUUUCUCCCCAUUCACCUCCCAUUCCCCCCCAUUCCCCUCCCAUUUCCCCCCAUUACCCUUCAUUCCCCCCCAUUCCCCUCCCAUUUCCCCCCAUUACCCUUCAUUCCCCCCCAUUCCCCUCCCAUUUCCCCCCAUUACCCUUCAUUCCCCCCCAUUCCCCUCCCAUUUCCCCCCAUUACCCUUCAUUCCCCCCCAUUCCCCUCCCAUUUCUCCCCAUUCACCUCCCAUUCCCCCCCAUUCCCCUCCCAUUUCCCCCCAUUACCCUUUCAUUCCCCCCCAUUCCCCUCCUAUUUCUCCCCAUUCACCUCCCAUUCCCCCCCAUUCCCCUCCCAUUCCGGCGCAUUAAGCUCUCAUUCCCCCGCAUCCCCCCCAUUCCCCUCCUGUUCCCCCUCAUUCUCCUCCAUUCGCCCCCAUUCCUCCCCAUUCCCCUCCAUUCCCCCCAUUCUCCUCCCAUUCCCCCCAUUCUCCUCUCAUCCCCCCUCAUUUCCCUCCCAUUUCCCACCCAUAUUCCGCUCUGCCCACUGCCGCCCACUGCCGCCCACUGCCGCCCACUGCCGCCCACUGCCGCUCAUCUGCCUACUCGGGCACAGCAGCAGCGCAAGAAGCGCGACGAGCGCAAGGCGCGCGAGGCGGUCGAGGGGCGCAAGGCACGUGAGGCGCGCGGGGAGCACAGAAGGGGUGAUGCGGACGACAAGGGGGAGGUGUUGCUGUCCGCCCCGUGCAAUUCGCUCAACGCGCAGCGCUGUCGGUCGCAGAGCCGCGCUGCGGCUACGCGGAGGGGGGGAUGCGCGGCGGCGCGCGCGUGUGUGAUCUGA